CACCCAGUGGGAUAUUAAACCGACCGUUUUCUAUCCAUUUAUAGAUCAUUACCAAACGCACUCAUAGGCAUAAACACAAUCCCUCGAGUUCAAUUUCACAGAAACAACUGAACAGAUGACAUUGCUUCGUCUAAAUAUUGUUAAAAAGAAUAGACGUCUAAAUCAACACUUAUGUAAGCCCUUUAAAAGUGGUUCUGAAAUAUCAUUGUCGAUGACAUGAGCUAACGAAGCCUGGUUUUAAACAUUUUUAUUCAAUUCACAUUUCUUUUUAAAUGUUUCAGUGGACAAAGCCUGGCCACAAACAGCUGUGAAUGUCCUACGAAUGUUUCAAAUGAAGACUCAAAAACUACAAUAAUCAAUGUCAAGAUGACGUAAUGUCCAUUGCCCUACAUGUCCGUCCUCUCUCCUGACCCCGUUGAGGGAGUUUUACUCCAGACAUGCGUCAGACAGAAACCUCCAGCCAUCGCGCCUCCUACCAGUGUUUCCACCAUGAUCAUGAACUCCUUUCAUGGUGAUAUCCGCUGGGAUCUAGGCCAAAAAUCACAAACUAAAAGCACUCUGUGUGUGUGGGCGUGUGUUUGUGUGUGCGCGUUGCCCUGUGAAUGUCUUAGUGUGCAGAUCUAACAAUGUUUUUCAGAUCUUUUGUUUAGAGCUUUUUUUUUUUGGUGCCUUCCUGCUCUUUCUUGCAGAGCUGAACUUACGGGUUUAAUUACUGGCAAGACAACCAAAGAGACACCUCAUGAGGGACCAGACGGAGAAGAGGAGAGAAACCAGGUGAGGUGGAACAAAAACACGAGCUCAGGCUCGUAGAUUUGGAAUAUCAAAGCUUUGGCUUUGACGACUCAGAGGCGAGAAGAGAUCUGUCGCAGCAUGACAAGAUUUAUGGAUGUGUGUGAGAGGGAAAGUACCAAUCCUGGGAGGCGGAACUGAAGAGAGUUCUGAUCAAAAGGCUCUGCUGCAGAUUUUCCCAGUUUUUGGAAAAGAUUCAUCCAAACCUUUCCUCAGAGUUCAGCUGUGUCCAUCCGUCCUCCAGGCAUGCCGGGGCAUGCUGCUCCAGGGUCCCAGCAGGGGGAACCAGUUAGUGCAGCCCCCUGCCCCAGCACCACCCCCGAGGAGGCUGUAGAUUUAGAGUGUCCCAUUUGCUACCAGGAGUACAACCAGUAUAACAAAAGCCCCCGGAUGUUGGAGUGCCUCCAUGUCUUCUGCACAGAGUGCCUGCUGAGGAUCCAACUCAACCCCUGUGACCCCGCUGACCCCCGCGGCGGCCCACAGGCCAUUCCCUGUCCCCUCUGCCGCCAUUUAACCCCUCUGCGCACUGGGAACGCCCUCGCUUUACCCUGCAACUCCCAAAUCAUGUCCAGGCUGCCCCGCGUGACGGCCUUCCGGAUGCCGGCAACAGUUUCCACACGUGUGGCAACGGUCACCCAGAGAGUGGUGCUCUCUCUGGAGGGCACCAACAGCAGCAGCGGAGGCGACAGGGACAGCCACUUCAUCAUCCUGCCCACCGUCAGCCUGCAGGUGCAGCAGAUGCACCCGGACAGGUUGUACAGCCCGGCCGCAGACCUGGUGGGCGAGGAAGAGGUCAUACAGCAGAGCCGGAGGACCCUGCUGUGCGUGCAGCUGCUGGCCGUCAUAUUCUGGGUGCUCUUUGUGAUCACCUGCGUGGUCGGCGUGGUGUUUGGACCCCACUUGUUCAACAGGAAGUUCUAACUGGUGGGUGGGUGGGGUCACUGUGGUAGCAGAUACUCCUGACAUAAAGACAAUAUGUGAGUGAUUUCUGUUUAGACUGAUGAUUUACGUAAAUACCUCAUUGUGGAUGGUUGGUGCUCUUGCUCCUUUUUUAUCUUACAUGGAUGAAUAGCUCCCUCUAGUGUCACAUAACUGUAAUAAAUUCUACACAUUUGUU